CGGGCCUGUUGCCACCCUUACCCAAUACGAAUCCCUCCCCUUGCGUUUGCUCGCUCGCCAUCAAACCGAGCAGGAUCAGAUCGAAUCGCUCCGGACCUCGUCGCCGCCUCGUUUCCCAGUCCAGGAACCACCGGAGGAUCGCCGCCGCUGGGACCGACUGACCGAGAUUCGAGGAUGUCGUACGCCUACCUCUUCAAGUACAUCAUCAUCGGUGACACAGGCGUGGGGAAGUCGUGCCUGCUGCUGCAGUUCACGGACAAGCGGUUCCAGCCCGUGCACGACCUCACCAUCGGCGUCGAGUUCGGCGCCCGCAUGAUCACCAUCGACAGCAAGCCUAUCAAGCUCCAGAUUUGGGACACGGCUGGCCAAGAAUCAUUCAGAUCUAUCACUAGAUCGUACUACAGAGGGGCUGCUGGUGCCCUUUUGGUUUAUGAUAUCACCAGGAGGGAGACUUUUAAUCAUCUUGCAAGCUGGCUAGAAGAUGCAAGGCAGCAUGCAAAUGCUAACAUGACAGUAAUGCUGAUUGGAAACAAAUGUGAUCUGUCUCAUAGGCGUGCUGUCAGCUACGAGGAAGGUGAGCAGUUCGCCAAAGAGCAUGGCCUGGUCUUUAUGGAGGCAUCUGCAAAAACUGCACAAAAUGUUGAGGAGGCAUUCAUUAAGACUGCUGGAACAAUAUACAAGAAAAUCCAAGAUGGCAUAUUUGAUGUAUCAAAUGAGUCCAAUGGUAUCAAAGUUGGCUACGUUGUCCCCAACUCAUCUGGAGGUGGUGCUGGCUCAUCCUCUCAGGCUGGUGGCUGCUGCAGCUGAGGAGGUGACGACAAGUCAUAUCAAUGUACAAGAUACUCCUUGCAAUAUCUUGAUGUUGCCUAGCGGAAAAAUAGCUGGCCUAGGAUGUUUUGUUCUUUCAGCGGUCGAUGUUUUAAUCAGUGAACAUACAUUCGUCAGUGUUAGUUGUCGUUUAUAUUGUGCAAUCUUUCUGUAAAGCUAAACAAUCACGAUUUCUACCCUUUUGCGUCUGCAACCAAAUUGAAAUGUUUUGUGGUAUUAUUUUGUUCAAAUUGUAAAUAAUGCUUCAUAA